UUCUGUCCCUUGGUUUAUGUGGAUUUAUCUGAGAAUCAGCUUAGUGGAGAGUUUUUCAACGACUUAAAUGAAGCUCAGAAUCUCAGACACCUUAAUCUUGCACACAACAGAUAUUCCAAAGAACAGUUGCUGCACAUUGGUAUGCUUUCUGGUUUAGAGUAUCUGAAUUUGUCUGCAAGUAAUUUGAUUGGCGAAAUGCCUGGUGAAAUUUCGAUGUUGAGUAAUCUGAAGACACUUGAUCUCUCUAGGAACCAUCUUAAUGGCCAUAUUCCUCUUUUAAGCAUCCAAAAACUCCAAGUACUAGAUCUUUCCUAUUACAAUUUAAGUGGUGACAUCCCAAUGAAGCUCAUAGACAAGCUACCAUGGAUGGAGAGGUUUAAUUUCUCUUACAACAACCUUACCCUUUGUGCAUCAGAAUUCUCCCCUGAAACCCUCAAUUCAGCUUUCAUCGGCUCAUUGAACAGCUGUCCAAUUGCUGCAAAUCCUGAUCUUUUCAAGAGAAGAACUCAAAAGCAUCGGGGCCUCAAGCUUGCCGUGGUGUUAACCAUCUCCAUGGUCUUUUUGCUUUUGGGAUUGCUGUUUUUAGCCUUUGGUUAUCGAAGGAAAACCAGAAUGUGGGAAGUGAAACAGAAUUCUUACAAAGAAGAACAGAAUAUAUCUGGCCGCUUUUCAUUCCAGACGGAUUCAACCACUUGGGUUGCCGAUGUUAAGCAAGCAACAUCUGUCCCAGUAGUUAUAUUUGAAAAGCCUCUGUUGAAUUUCACAUUUGCAGACCUCUUGUCUGCAACUUCUCAUUUUGACCGUGGCACAUUGUUGGCUGAAGGUAAGUUUGGACCAGUGUAUAGAGGAUUCUUGUCUGGUGGGAUUCAUGUAGCUGUCAAAGUUUUGGUUCAUGGAUCCACCAUGACUGACCAAGAAGCUGCUUGAGAGCUUGAGUAUCUUGGUCGAAUAAAACAUCCCAAUCUUGUCCCAUUGACUGGAUACUGCUUGGCUGGAGAGCAAAGGAUUGCUAUAUAUGACUAUAUGGAGAAUGGAAACUUGCAAAAUUUGCUUCAUGACCUCCCACUUGGGGUUCAAGCUACAGAAGACUGGAGCACAGACACGUGGGAAGAAGAUGAUAACAAUUCCAUUCAAAACAUUGGCUCCGAAGGAUUGUUAACAACUUGGAGAUUUAGGUACAAAAUUGCACUUGGCACAGCGCGUGCGCUUGCAUUUCUCCACCAUGGCUGUUCUCCUCCUAUUAUACAUCGAGAUGUCAAAGCAAGCAGUGUCUAUCUUGAUCUGAAUUUGGAACCAAGAUUAUCUGAUUUCGGACUAGCUAAAAUUUUUGGCAACGGUCUGGAGGAUGAGAUUGCUCGUGGGUCUGCAGGAUAUGUGCCACCAGAAUUUCUUGACCCACAGAUUGGGCCCCCUAAGAAUCCAACACCUAAGUCUGAUGUCUUUGGAUUUGGAGUCAUUCUUUUUGAGCUGAUCACUGGGAAGAAGCCUGCAGACGAUGAUUAUCCAGAUGAAAAGGAAGCAACUUUAGUUAGUUGGGUGAGAGGAUUAGUGAGGAAGAAUGUAGGGUCAAGAGCUAUUGAUCCAAAAAUCCAUGGUACUGGACUAGAGACUCAAAUGGUGGAAGCUCUGAAGAUUGGAUAUUUGUGCACUGCUGACCUUCCCUCAAAGCGACCAACUAUGCAACAAGUAGUAGGGCUCCUGAAGGAUAUUGAACCUGUUUCAUAGAGAUUGAGCCAAAAAUUUAGAAAAAAUGAAAAGUCCACUUCUUGGCAAAUUUACCUAUCUGUUAAUUUUUGUUAUGAGCUCUGUGCUUGCUUCCAUUAAGAGGUUGUACAGUAGUAUGGAUUCCAUUGAAAUGUUUCCGCGUUUCUUAUUGCCUUCUCAUUUUAGUGGGAGGAGGACCUAAUUUAUGUGCACAGGUUUUUCUUUUUGAGUUCAAAAUUCUCUUCAUACCACCCUCACUUGAA